AUGAAGUUCCGGGCUGCCGGUAACCCGCAGACGCACCACCACUUGCACACGGCGUUUGACUGGGCUGGACUGGGUAAGGCCAAGGUGGUUGAUGUUGGUGGCUCCGCGGGCCAUGUAUCGAUCGAAUUGGCCAAGGUCUUCCCCGACCUGGAAUUCGUUGUCCAAGAUUUCGAGGGCCUGAAAUCUUUCCAUGACGGCGUUCCUGAUAACCUCAAGCCAUGGAUUAGCUUCGAAGCGCAGGAUAUCCUGAAGCCAAAUGCGCAUCACAACGCCGAUGUCUACCUCUUGCGCUCUAUUCUGCGCGACUAG